AACCUGCCCUCAGGAUACUCUCGCUGUGACCUGAGUGACAACCUUAUUCAAAAUGGCUGUGCAGAUGACAUGGAGUUUCCCACCAGCACCAGCGCCAUCUUGGAAGACAGGCCCCUCAGCAGCAAAGGGUCUGGCGGGAGCAUCACCCAGAUGUCCCCACAGAAGAUUGAGCUCCACCUGCGACCAGAUGACUCACAAAUAUUCUCAGUCCAAGUGCGGCAGGUGGAGGACUACCCUGUGGACAUCUACUACCUGAUGGACCUGUCGAAUUCCAUGAAGGAUGAUCUCCGCAACAUCCAGAAUUUAGGUACCAAGCUAGCGGUGAAGAUGGCCGAAGUGACCAGCAACCUGAGGAUUGGUUUUGGAGCCUUUGUGGACAAGCCCAUGCCACCUUAUAUGUACAUCUCCCCUCCGGAAGCCAUUAAAAACCCAUGUUAUGACUUGAACCCACCAGAUAACCGCUGCCUACCCAUGUUUGGCUAUAAGCACGUUCUGGCACUCACGGACAAGGUGAAGCGUUUCAAUGAGGAGGUGAAGAAGCAGCAGGUUUCGAGGAACCGUGAUGCACCUGAAGGAGGGUUCGAUGCCAUCAUCCAAGCGAUUGUCUGUGACGAGAAGAUUGGCUGGAGACCAGAAGCCUCCCACUUGUUGGUUUUCACUACGGACGCCAAGACACACAUCGCUUUAGACGGGAGACUGGCGGGAAUUGUAACGCCCAAUGACGGGCAAUGCCAUAUCGACAGCAACAACUUCUACGCAGCUUCCACCACACUAGAUUAUCCAUCCCUUGGCCUGAUGACUGAUAAGCUCUCCCAGAAAAACAUUAACUUGAUUUUUGCUGUGACUCAAACCAUUGUGGGGCUGUAUCAGAACUACAGUGAGCUGAUUCCGGGCACAACCGUAGGGACCUUGACACGUGAUUCUAGCAAUGUUUUGCAGCUCAUUUUGGAUUCUUAUGAGAAAAUCCGUUCCAAGAUUGAGCUCGAGGUGCGCAACUUGCCAGAGGAAUUGUCUCUCUCAUUUAAUGCCACCUGCCUUGAUGGUGAAGUUAUUCAAGGAGUUAAAUCUUGCAUGGGUCUUAAGAUUGGAGACACGGUGAGUUACCUGAGAAGCAGCAGUGCUAAAUCUGUA